AUGUAUCUAACACAGUUGAAAAUCAAAUUUGUUGGUAAAAUUUUUGAGGAUAAAUUUUAUAAAAAUAUUAAUAAACGUUAUUAUUUUUAUAACAUAAAGCAUAAUCAAAAACAAAAUUUUUUUUCUUUUUUUAUAUCUAAUAAGAUAAAAAAUAAAAAUAAUUACAAUAGUGAAUAUCGUGAAUUUCGAACAUUUAACACAUAUCAGUAUCAAAAAGAUAAAAUAGAAUCUUUGAAUUUUUUAAAAAAAGUAAAAAGGUUUUAUAGUAUUAAUAAUAAUAUAGAAAAUUCUAAUAUAUCCUUUUUGAAAUUAAAAAAAAUGUCACUAAACGUUCCACAGGUAAUUAGCCUCGACCCUACUGUUUUACCAGUAAAUUAUACGACGCCAAUUAAUGAUAUAAACAUUGUAUUAAAAGAUUCAGUAAAAGAAUGUUGUAAUUUUGAUGAUGAUAUAGUAAUCUUUUUAGUUCACUCUAAAUCUGAUAAAGAUAAUGGAAAUAUGAAAAUAGGUUCACAAAUUAAGGAUAGUAAAAUAAAUGAAUUUUUAUCAAAGAAUGAAGAUAUUUUUAAUGGAAAAUUAGGAACAUUUAAAAGUUUUUAUAUCUCUAAUGAUAAAAAUAAAUAUAUUAAUUUAUCUUUUAUUAGAUGUGGAACCAUUGAUGAAGAAAUGUCAGAAUUUGAAAUUCGAAAAAUUGUAUCUAGCUUAGUUCAAAUAUUACAUGAUAAUAAAUCGGUAGCUACAUCUAUCAUAUUUGAAAUAGGAAUAAAUGAAUCAUUAUUUAGAUUCUUUUUAGAAACUGUUUUUUACGAAUAUGUAGCUGAUGAAAGAUUUAAAUCAACUGACAAGGUCGACAAGGUCGACAAUAAAAGUGAUGGAAGUGGAAGUGCAGAAAAUAUGAAAAGUUUGGAAAUAUUUUUGAAAAAUUAUAAUAAUGAUUAUGUUAAACAAGUCGAUAAAUCACGAACCUAUUUUAUGGGGACAUAUUUUGCAUCUCAACUUAUAUCAGCACCAUCAAAUUAUUGUAACCCAGUUUCUUUAGCAAAUGUAGCUGUUGAAUUAGCAGAAAAAUUAAAUCUAGAAUGCAAAAUUUUAGGAGUAAAAGAACUUGAAGAAUUAAAAAUGGGAGCAUAUUUAUCAGUAGGAAAAGGUAGUAUGUAUCCAAAUAGAUUUAUUCAUUUAACUUAUAAAGGAAAAGGAGAUAUUAAAAAAAAAAUUGCAUUAGUUGGUAAGGGUAUAACUUUUGAUUCGGGAGGAUAUAAUUUAAAAGCUUCUCCUGGUUCAAUGAUUGAUUUAAUGAAAUUUGAUAUGAGUGGAUGUGCAGCUGUUUUAGGAUGUGCUUAUUGUAUUGGAUCUAUAAAACCUGAAAAUGUUCAAGUUCAUUUUUUAAGUGCAGUAUGUGAAAAUAUGGUUUCUAAAAAUUCAUAUCGACCUGGUGAUAUUAUAACUGCAUCUAAUGGAAAAACUAUUGAAGUUGGAAAUACAGAUGCAGAAGGAAGAUUAACAUUAGCAGAUGCAUUAGUAUAUGCUGAAAAAAUUGGUGUUGAUCAUAUUAUUGAUAUAGCUACAUUAACAGGUGCUAUGUUAUAUUCUUUAGGAACAAGUUAUGCUGGUGUUUUUGGAAAUGAUAAUAAAUUAAUUAACAAAAUAUUAGAAUCAUCUGAAACUUCUAAUGAACCUGUAUGGUGGUUACCAAUAAUUAAAGAAUAUAGAGAAUCUUUAAAUUCAAAAUAUGCAGAUAUAAAUAAUAUAUCAUCAAAUGUUAAAGCAUCUUCAGUUGUUGCAUCUUUAUUUUUAAAGGAAUUUAUUAAAUCUACAUCUUGGGCUCAUAUAGAUAUUGCUGGAGUUGCUUGGAAUUUCAAAGAUAGAAAACCAAAAGGUUUUGGAGUUCGACUUUUGUCAGAAUUUAUUUUAAACCAUUCUAUAUAA